UCGGCUCCCCACCCCCGCCACGUUCCGCGCAGUCUCUGACCUGGCGUCGCUGUGCGUGGUGCGCUGGCGGGAGCUUUGCAGGCGCGCGGCGCUGCGUCCGAGCUGCGUGUGGGGAACCAGGCGGUUUGGUGGAGAAUAAGGGACUGCAUACCAGCAUGGUCUGAUGGUUAAAACUGAAGACUUCAGCAUCAGAAGGCCCAUCUUCUAAACCUGGCACCAUUGGCAAUUGGUACUGUCACUGUAGAUUUCAUAGCAUCAACUGGAAUCAAUUUGUAUUUCAAAAUUGAAUCAACACAAAGAGUAGAUAUUGUGGAAUGACUAGCAAACAAGCGCUGUCAUACAACAACCAAGAAAGGGUCUUGUGUCAUAAUGGUGAAGUCCUUGUUUUCCAGUUGUGCACGAAAAAUUUUGCAGCUAAAGAACAUGAAAAAACACCUGUGUUACAAGUCCGAAGAAUGGUAUUUGACAUAGAAACAAGAACAUUUGUUCAGAAAUCCACAGGGAUCUUCAGAUUAAAUAAAGAAAAAAUCUCUGAUUUUAAAAUCACAUGUUGCAACUGUGUGUCAGAUUUCAGAACUGGGCUCAAUCUCCCUUACAUUAUGAUACAAAGCAAUAACGAUAGUACCGUUAUCCGAUACUUGUUACUAGUUCUUCACAGUACUAAUACAUUUGAAAAACGAUUGAGCUUUAAACUUGACCAUGAAUUGAAGGACAGCAUAAGGGUCCUUAAUGGCCCUUCAGUUUUAUGGCAAUAUGUCAAUACAGUCUUCAUUAUCUCAUCCAAAACUGGUAAUGUUGUUAGUGUCCCUGGCAUCUUCUCCUCUGUUAUGUGGGCAGGGGAAAUUGGAAAUCUAGGUACAGUGUUAUUGGGACUAAAGGAAUGCUGUUUUUCAGAGAAAAGAUCCCAACAGCCUUCAAUAGCAGAUUAUGAAAGUUGGAAUACCAAGUUUUGUUUCUAUGCUCUGGAAAGUAAAGAAAUACUAAGUGAUGCCUGUAUCAUCCCUGCUGCAUAUAGCAAUGUGACUUAUGUACAUGUCUGUGCAGCCAAGAUGGUCAAGAAUCAGUUACAUGUGUCUCUGCUUGCCCUGACUGAAAACAAUCAACUGGUUUCAUUCCAAAAUGGGACUCCUAAAAGUAUAUGCCAGCUUCCGUUUGGCGAUCCUUGUGCAGUUCAACUUAUGGAUUCAAGUGAAGAAAAGCUCUUUUUCAUUGUGUCAUUUAACUCCAAUGAUGCUUGUGCUGUUUGGGAAAACAACUUUCAGAUUACUGCUAAGUGGCAAGAAAUUAACUCAGUAUUGAUAGAUGACUUUGUGGGAACCGGAACUGAACAAGUGUUGGUGCUCUCUAAGAACUUGAACUCAGACUGCUUGAGUUCAUUUAUACUAACGGAUCUCGGCGAAAUAAACUAUUCAAGUGAACCAUUGGAUCUCAAUGAAGAUGCUGUAUUUGAAGGCAUGCAAGAUAAUCGUCGCUUGUUGAUUUCACCUCUUCGAGGAGAAGUGAAAGUUAUGUUUUCUGGUAUUUGGGAAUUAAAGAAGAAUCUCUUGCUGAAGGACAAAGUUAUCUCAAAAUCAUUCAAAGCUUUAUUGAGCAUAAUACAAAGGAAAGACAGUAACACAUCAGGUACAGAGGAGAAAGUUUGUCUUGUUCCUCUUUGGGGUGAAGAAGAAAACUGUGUCCCUUCCUCGGAUCAACAAAACUUGCUGGACAGUUUUCAAGAUUCCAAACAGCUAGUAAAGAAAAUAUGGUAUCGUGUAAUGGAUGAUAACUUGGUUGUUGGAGUGCAAACCACAUCUUCUUUGAAGGCGUCUCUGAGUGAUAUGACUUUAUCUCUGUUACUAGAUCAAGCCCAUCGUUCCGGCUUUCAGCCUGUUAAGUGUCAGAGCAAGGUGAUUAAGUUGAGUGGGAAUUCUUGCUCGGCCCCCCACUUAAUACCAUACCAAAUAGGAACAGAUGCAAAAAGGGCCAAGUUGAUUUUUUCUAGUGAGCCAGAAGAAAAGUUUGUUUGUAAAAAACCAUCCAAGAAAAGCAGUAUACAGCUAAUUACUGCUGUAACAUCCCUUUCACCACUGUUAGCGUUCAAUAAAUUCUGUUGUAUUGUGAUGUUGCAAAUUGGUACAAGCGAGCAGGAUAACUCCACUGAAGAUCGUUAUAUUUUGUGUGGCCAGCUUUGCUUGAAUCUAGAAGAUCUUUCAAAUAGGACAUGUUUGAUGACAUUUCCAAAGAAGAAACAUUUAGAGAACAUGGAGGAUCUUUUUGCGCUUCUUACAGUAAUGAACAAAUCUUGUUUUCAAAUCACAUCACCUGACUAUGUCCUGAAUAUGGUAAAGGUGUGGCUCUUAGAACACAUGAAUUGUGAAGUAAUCAAAGAUUUUCCUGAAAUGUGCUUUUGUAAAAGGCCUGGAAGUUUCUAUGGGACAAUCUUCAAGUGGAAGCAAACAUCACCAUUUGAAGGACUUUUAAUAGUCCAUUCCAGGAAUCACACAGUUUUGUUCCAAUGCCUUCAUGAUCUUAUUCAACUUCUCCCUGUAAACAGUUUCUUCAGGCGCUUAAGAUCAGAACAUGAAGAUUUCCUAAUUAAUCAUUUGGCCUUGACUGUGGAGAAGGAGCUGCUUCCCCUUGAUUCACUUUCUUCCAUUUUUACUAAGAUUGAAAGCAAUAUUUUGCAGAGCUGUGAUGAUGAAGAGCAAGAUAUUUAUCUGUGUAGGAAAGAACUUCAGAGAAAAGAUGGAAUAUUGAGAAAAUAUCAGAAAGUGGAGGGGGGUACUUUUUAUAGAAAAAUUCUUUUCAAAGUAGCUGAGUGGCAGUUAAAAUCAGACCUCACAGCACAGAAACUGACUCAUUUAUAACUUUUCACUUGGUCAUAUUCUAAAAUAGAUUUCUACUGCCAAAAACUCUUGGUCCCACUUGUUACAUAUGGCCUUUCUAAAAAUAGAUUGAGUUUUAGUGGAG